AUGUCGGGCACGGGGCCGCUCCAUCCCGCCUUCAGAUCGCGCUGCGCAGCCGUGUCCCCGGUGCCGCCCCGCAUUAUCGGGUCCCACAAACGCCAGGCGGCGCUAGUCGACCUCAUAAAGCAGCAGGCGUUGUAUCCUACCGACGUCAAUCUGCGCGUCAGUAGUCCGGCUUUAGGCACGGUGGCGGACGUGCCCGGCAGCGCGCUGCUGCGGGCCAUCUCUGAGGAAGCCCAGGUCAACAUCACGGCAGCCCAAGCUUCGACCAGCUUUCAGUUCAUACAGCUGCUGGCGGAGCUAUGCGGCCGCGUGGCAGCUGUGGGCAGCGGCUGUCAGCAGGGUGGGUUGAACACGUAUGCGUUGCGCAUGGCACCAGUGGGAUGGGCCGGGCAAUUUGCCGGAGGCGCCCAUGGCAGCCUGGGCCAAGCUCAGGGUUGGCGCCGGCUCCCCGUGCCUGAGGCGGCGACGGCGUCGCCACCUCUUCGUGCGGCCCCAGCCCCGGCCCCGGCCAUGGCCAUGGCAGCAGCAGCGAGUGGCAGAGGACCGCUACCGCAGCUGGAGGCAACGGCUAUGGGGGCCCCAGCGGCGCUCGUGGGAUUCGAGCCCGCUAGCGAUACGGCGGGCCUCGCAGACCGUUGCGUGCACGUGGCGCAGUACGGUCCGCCGUUCCUACCAGCCCAGCUUCCGCACGGAGACAGUGUUAACUUCUGUCCCCGGCCGUUGGGGGACUGGCUUGUGGCGCAGCCGGCGGUGCUGUCCUGCUGGGACAAGGUCUCCCUGGAGCCUUGUGGGCCUCCCAAGGCGGCGCAGUACUAUGUGGUAUGCGGGGAGCAGCAUUCCUCGGCAGCGAGGAUGUUCAUACGGGCCAGCAGCGGUUUGCAAUAUCACGUCAAGUCGCCGUCGUUCGCCCUGUUCACACCCCUAGCUCUCAGACACACGGGUCGCAUUGUAACAAUACUCGCCGUGCAGGACGUAUCCGCGACCUUCUUGGCAAUGCGCUUGGGGACGCACACGCCGGGGCGUACCCCGGCGCACCUGCACUCCAUAGACGGGGUCAUCCCCGUGCCGCUAGACCCCGGGCCCGGGCCGCCCCAAGCGGCAGCGACGGCAGACGGCGCCACCGCCGCCGACGCAACAGCGGCGGCGGCGACCGCGCCAUUCAGUUGGCAUCCGCUUGCGCGACGGCCCGACCCCAGCGUAGUUCGUAGUGCCAUACUUGGGUUUCGGAGCAACCACGCCCUGGCGUCGGCAGCUUCAGAGCCCGCUUGGACACCCGACGAGCCUUCCUACCGGCCAGGGAUGGCUGCUUGCACAGCCGCCCCAGCUGCCAAGGGUGGUGCUGCGGCUUGUGGGGCGGGGCCGUGGGGGACAGCAGCAGCAGCGGCGGCGCGAGCUCCGGUGCCUCUGUGCCACUACUGGCGAAACCUACGGCACCAGCAGCAACAACAACAUCAGGACUUGGGCCCUGCAGCGGCUGCGGUUGCAGGGUGUAAGGGGGUUGGGUUGGGGUCUGCUGCUGCCGGCGGCGGCAGUAGUGCCAGCAUAGGGCCCGGGGAUCUGCCGGAUGUCGGGCCGCCGGCGCUUGUCGUAUACGUGGUCCCACCGUCCGAUUGUGAGGAGGACGUGCUGAGGGCGCUGAUGGAGGUGUGUGCCUGCCUGGCGCCGGUGACCCCGGCGGCGCGUGUACCGGCAGCGCCGACGCCGCUGGCGGCGCCGCCGGCACCAGGCCUUCGCGACAGCGUCACCGCAGCUGCUGCAAGCAGGGAAACCCUUUCCCAUCACCAUCAGCAGUACAUGCGCCUACAACAGCAGCACCACAAGCAGAAGCAGGACCAUGCGGCACAGCCGUCGUCUAACGCGGCACCGGGCUGUCAUUGGGUUGGCGAGGGUUGUAGUGGCGGCAGUGGGGGUACUGCGGCACCCGCAGCAUCGGGAAGUGAAGCCAUUGCGGCGGCGGCGGCGGCCGCGAGCGGCGGCAGCGCUGCAUCCACGCCUCCCGAACCCCCCGCGGGUUACCCGGUAACCGCAUCCGCGUCGUCCUGCUCGUCCGUGUUGCCGUACGGCGGCGUCGCGCCCGUCAGCAACGACUCCGCGGAUCCAGCGCUGUUGGCGAGGCUUGGCGGUGCGGCACGUCAUUUGUACAGGACUUGCCCCUCAGUGAUCGGGAACCAUGGGUCGGUGUCGCCGCAGCUGGACCUAUCGCAGCUGGCAGCUAUUGACUUGACUGUGCAGGUGGUUUUACCGUCUUCCUUGCACGAUGUAACUGGCGCCAGCGUCAGGGCCACUGCCUGUGCGGCGUACAGCAAGCUCUGUCGGCGGCGGGCCGGGUACGGCGCAGCUGCUGCCGGCGCGUCAGCGUGGUCAGCAUCGUCAUCGUCGUCGUCAUCGUCCCUCACGUUGUCCGCCGGUAACACCGCGGCGGCGGCACCGGUCGGUUGCAGGGAUAGCGGCAUCGGGGGCGGCAGCAAUCAAAGCUGGGCUGAUCGCUGUUGCGUUGCGAGCAGUUGCAGCGGUCGUACGGUACUGUACGAACCACUGGUAGCGUUGGCGCCGCUGUCGCUUCCAGCGUCCGGGGACGACGACCCGGCUGCGCUGCCUCUGCCGCCGCCGCCCUCGCCGCCGCCCCCGCCACCGUCCCUUCCACCGCAUCAGCACGGCUUGCCGCCACCGUUGCAUGCUACACGCGCGGGCGGCGCCUCCGUCAGCCCUCUCAGUGCUGCCGAACCCGCCGCCAUUCAUCAGUACGGGGCAGGGCCAGCGGCGGGGACGGUCCAGGCGGUAACGCCGCCGGCGCCGCCGCCGACAUUGCACGGUUGCUACGCUUGGUGGCGGUUCCCGGAGGCAUCAGCACGGGCGGCUUCUUGCGGGCCUUACACCCCGGCGGGGGCUGGCACAGCCCAAACCUCUGGCGGGCAUUUUCCCCAGCCGCCGCAGCAGCAGGAGCGGUGCUGGCUGGCAAUGGCUUUCUGUGAUGCUGGCGGUAAGCUUAUGGACGCGCGUGCCUUUGCCCUGUGUUUCGAUGCGCACGCUCACAAAGACAGGGCAGCGGCAGUAGCCGAUGUCGCUGCUACGGCUACCAGCGGGAGUGGUGGCGGCACGGCGCCUGACGGUCUUUCGAUGCAGGCGGCGGCGCAGUCAUCGUCAUCGGGGCCUUGCAACUGCAAAGUGGACGGCGGCGGUGGCGACGGCUCCAGAACCGGCACUGGCGGCAGCGGUGACGCCAGGCAGGAUUGCGCGGAUCCGGCGGGACGGUUUCGGAGUUCCGGUGGUGACGCAAUAGGGGAUGUUGGUAUGGUCGGUCCUCAGCUGCAGUCUGCGGACCGGGAGCAACAGCAACCAGUGCAGGUGAUGGCACAGCCGGUGUCACUGUUGCCGGCGCCAACGGCAGCGGCGACGGCGGCGAAAGCAACAGCAACAGCGGCCGCAGCGGAUUCCCACGCAUCAGGGGAAGCGAACUCUCUUGACGCGCUCGUCUGCCGUACGGUUCUUGGCCAUGCCAAGCUUCUCAGUCGUCAGGUUGCGGAAGCGUACAGCGGUGACGUCAGCGCCGCCGCCGCAGCUGGUGCCUGUACGGACGGUGCCGUCAGCCCAAACGGCGCCGUUGCGGCGUCUGGUACACGGGGGCGGUCCAGAGCCGCUAUGGCACCUCUCGCACUCGCGAAGCUAGGGCCGCCCACCGCCGCCGAAGCGGCGGAGUGGCGUCUGUUGCUUCCGUACGUCCCUGUUGUUGCGGGCGGCGGCGGCUCCCUGCGUCGCCGUUGGGACCAAGCCGCGGCUCCUGUACCAUCUGCCGCUUCUCCCGCCGCCGCCCCCGUAACGCUCGCGUGGCUUGAACCGCACCCAUCCAUCGCCGUGCAGCCCGGCUGUCGGCUGCCGCAGGGCGGCUUUGCAGUGGCUUGCUCCGGUUGCUCUUCCGAGCUGCCCGCCAGCGCUGCAGCCCCCCAGCAUUCCAUCCCACUGCCGCCGCCGCCGCCGCCGCCGGCGAACCCAUACGCGCAACCAGCGGCCGGGGAAUUCCGCCUGCCGAUUACCUUGGUAGCCUUCCCAGCGCAGCGGCCGCCCAGCACGACCUGCGCUGCCGCAGAGGCUCUGAAUCACCACCUGCGGCUCCUCUCAGUGCACCCAUGGCCACGUAUCCCAUCGCCGCCGCCGCCGCCGCCGAUUGGGGCCCCGCUCGAGGCCGCAGCGGCGGGACCAGCAGGCGGCAGCGAGGAGGGCCAGCGGCAGGGCGGGCCAACGCAGACGACGGCGAAGACGGCGGCUGUCAUGAAUAUUCUCAAGCGCCCCUCAGGCUAUUCGCCAGCUCUUGCCACAUCGGCGGGCUACGACAACGGCGGCGGCGGCGGCACGGCGAGCGUCGUCGGGCCCGGGAACCAGGGCCUCGGGUGUCAGCAGCAUCAGCAGAUGCAAAAGCGCCGUCGAUGGGGGGAGCGGUCUGACGGCUUGGCCGCUGACGGCGGUCCCGUAGGCCCGGCCGGCUGUAGCGCCGACGGCGGCGUCAGCGGCGCAGUGGGAGGCUGGUCAGAUCCUGGAGGAUCGAUGCUUCGGGAGCUGUACGGCCUUUGCCUCUUGCGGGAUUGGCUACUGACAGCCCAAAGCGGCGCGCGCGGCGGACCCACACCGGGCCGCCGUCAAGUCGCCGUCACUGGCAGCGGCAGCGGCGGGGUGGGGUGGGGCGCCGCUGGAGUUGCCGACGCCGACGGUGACAGCGGCGACGCAGGCUGGGACGCACCGCUGCAGCUGCUGCCGCACCAUGUUGCCGUCUGUCAGCAGCUGCUGCGCAUGUUGUGGGCGUGGCACGCGUCGCGGUUCGCUGUUUCGCGGGAACCUGAGGUGACUGGAGCCGUGAGCGCUUGGUAG